GGAGAUUCUUAAACUUAUUUUCAGGGUGGUUGUUUCAUCCUAAAAUUUACCUUUUCUGUAGAAAACAUCAACAAGUAAGCCAAAUGAACCGUUAAAGUCCUUACUGAAGGCUUAAGAAGACAGGAAUAAACCGUAUAUAGGCUAGAAGUAUCAGAAGACUUGCGUAAAUCCCUCUCAUUAAUUCAAUUAAUGGACAGAAUGUUACUCAAAGAUAUCCUUUUCACAAUCCUUAAGAGCGAGUACCUCAUGACUACAUUCUAUGAUAGCAAAGAGAGCUAUUUUUGGCAAAAUGCCUACGACUUGUUCCUAAUAAUGCUCAAUUUCUCCCCCAUAGCUUCAAAUAGGAGAAUCCAUCGAGAUUUCAAGAGUUAUGUGAGGAAGAGUAGCAGUCAUUCUCCAGCAAGUAAUCUCAAAGAUCGCUCAAAUAGCACCUCAGAUUCCCAAAUCAGGUUCGUCAAAGAAAGUUGCACUUCAUCUGAGAUGAAGGUCAAAAUUGAGCGGAAAGGCACCUCUAAAAGUUUCAUUACAAAGCAUGAGAGCGAGAUUGAAGAGAAAUCUGAUCCAAAAUCUAUCCAGUAUAUAGAGGACACGCAAGUCUUAGUCUAUAAGCAUCAGUUUCCCAAAAUAAAUGAAUGCACUGAGUUCAAACUUUCAGACAUUGAGAAUGACGAUCAAGUGGAAUACGCACUUUCUGAAGAAAAGAAUUUACUCAAUUAUGAAAACAAGGAACCCACUCUAACUCCUGAGAGUCAGUGGUACAAGUCCAAAAGCGAGGCACAAACUCUAGAGUUCAAGACUGCACUCAAUACCUUCCUUUCUGGCAACUGUGAUAAGGAAGAAAAGAAGUUUGACAAAUUCUCUAGCACUUCUCCUAGGGAGACUACAAAGAACGACCACUCAAAGAUCUUCAGGAAUUCAUAUGCCCUAUACAUUGAUUUGUUCCAGCAGAAUAUUGUGGCUGAUACAUUCACUGCUGCCAAAAGAAGACGUUUCAUGCGCCAAAAGACAGAAGGGAGCAAACUUGAUAAUGAAGAAUACUGUGCAGAAUGUAGGAGGCCCUUCGAAUCAUCCUUCUGGUUCUUCAAAUCAACAUAUAAUUGCCACUUCUGCCAUAAUAAAGUCUGUAAAUCCUGCUUAUCUUUGAUCAAGCACAGAAUCCCAAUCGAAAUGCUGCUUAGAAAGGAUUUCUCAAAGAAAACUGUGUGUAAAAAUGCCUCAAAAUUCCUGCUCUCGAUCAGAUUUAUCAGCCUAAAAGAGCUAUUCGUAACCAACAAAAAGUUGCUAGAAUUUGUCAAAGUCAAAUAAAAGGCUAUUCGAGGUGUACAAUUUACUCAGCGAAAGCUGUAUCUCAAGCUUUAAUUACCAGGUCAAUGGAUACCAAAAUUUGUUGAUAAAAGGCUUCUUCCUAACCUGGGGCCAGCUCGAUCUCAUUUUCUCCAAAAAUCCUGAAGAAAACUUAUGUAAAACACUUAAAGGGAUAAUAAUUUCAAUGAUUAGUCACCUCCGAAACUGCCCUAAGUGUAAUUAUCAUCCCCAAACAUGCGCGGUGUGCUUAAAUCAGGAAGGAAUCCAGGAAAUAGGAAUUGGUAGCAUAGAAAGGUGCAAGAAGUGAUAUUGCCCUGCCCACAAGGAAUGAAUGAAGGAUCAUCUCUCACAAAACCAAUGAAUAAAUAUAUAAGACAUA